UUCCCAGUUCCUGUUUUUGCAACUACUUCAAGACAGGGCCGAGUGUUCCUGUUGAAGCAGAAACAUGACUGUGGAGGACGCUUCUCUGAAAAUCUUACAGACAGACCCUACCUCCAGAGAAAGCAUGGAGGAGGGACGAUCUGGAAAAGACCUCCAAAGAAAAUACCUAUCAAUUACAUCUCCUGUAAUCCCGCUUUCUUGUUGCAUCCUCAUGAUUGUGGUCCUAGCUACAAUUGUGAUGGUACUUUCCACUUUUUUGACAGUGAGAAACACAAAGCCGGUCUCAUAUGUUCUGUAUGUUACCUGCCCAAAAGAAUGGAUUGGAUUUGGAAGUAAAUGUUUUUAUUUUUCUGAAGACACGAGGAAUUGGACAUCCAGCCAGACAUUCUGUACCUCAUUAGAGGCUGUUCUUGCUCAGUUUGAAACUGAGGAGGAGCUGAAGUUCCUAAAAAGAUAUAAAGGCCCUUCUGACCAUUGGAUUGGCCUUAGAAGAGAAUCAUCACAUCAUGAUUGGAAAUGGGCAGACAGCACUGAAUAUAAUGCCUCGUUUGCUAUCAAAGGAGUUGGGGAAUGUGCCUACCUGAAUGAUAUUGGACUUAGUAGUGCCAGGAGCUACACAGAUAGAAACUGGAUUUGCAGCAAGACAAAUAAUAAUGUCUCCAUGGACUUGAAUACUUUAAGGACUUUUUAGGC